ACCGGAAGCAAUGGAAAAAGAAGAAAAUAUUGCAGACGUUGAUGAAAAUGAUGAUUUAAAGAAAGAUUUAGAAGGUUUUAAACGGCGUUAUUACUGUCAAUGGCUGCUGCUGAAACUAUUUAAUUUGAUCAGUUUUCUCGCUGUGGCUGGCUCUGUGUUUGUGCAUACAUCUAUGUUCAUAUAUCAACACAAUUUUAGGGCAUAUGGUCCAGAAGAACAGAUGGAAGUUAUAAACUUUGAAAAUUUGGACUACCAGACAGCAUUACAGUACUAUCAAUAUAGAGACUAUAGAGUCAUACCAAAACACCUGACCAUCAAAUUCAACACAAGUUUCUAUGUCAGGUGA